GUAAUUGAUAUUGAGGAGAUGGCAUGGGCUCCUAAAUAUGGUUUGAAAGGGAUGAUUGAUGCUUCUGUCAGUGUGAAGGUUCUACCAAAGGGAAAUGAAGAUGAGAAGGUCAUGCCAUUAGAGUUCAAAACAGGGAAGGCAAUGUCUGGCCAGUCAUCUAUAGAACAUCGUGCCCAAGUGAUCUUGUACACUCUUCUGAUGUCUGAAAGGUACCUGAAGAAUAUUGAUUCUGGUCUUCUAUAUUAUCUCCGCUCAGAUCAGACAGAAGGCAUUGUGGUUCAAAGAUCUGACUUAGUUGGGCUAAUCAUGCGACGAAAUGAACUUGCAAGUGAUAUUCUGAGGGCGUUAACCACACAACAACUGCCUCCAAUGUUACAGAGUCCAAGCAUUUGCAGAGGUUGUCGCCAUCUUAAUGUUUGCAGCAUUUAUCAUAAGGUUCAAGGAGGAAGUGCGAAGAGUAGUGGAUUGGGAGAUUUGUUUGACUCACAUACUAAUCACCUUUCAUCUACUUAUAGUAAGUUCCUCUGCCAUUGGGAUCGGCUGAUUGACUUAGAAGCAAAAGAGACUGAGCUUGUGAAGAAAGAGAUGUGGCGAUCACAUACUUUUAAAAUGUCUGAUGGUGAUCCUUCUAUUGCUUCAACAAACUAUUUGGAUAUCAAACUAAGAAGUGGAGACUACGUGAUAUUGAGCACUGAAUCUAGCCGUCAAGCUAUUGCUAGUGGGGUGAUUACAGACAUUAGUCAUGCCCAUGUUUCUGCUUCCUUUUCAAAGCGACUGCGGAUUCCUGGAAGCCUCUCCACUAGCCAAGAUCUUUAUAAACAGGUUUGGAGGAUUGAUAAAGAUGAAACUGUGACUUCAUUUGCUGUUAUGAGGUUUAAUCUAGUACAACUUUUCCUACAAAAUGAUCAAAGUGCUCAUCUGAGGAAAAUGAUUGUUGAUCUUGAGGCUCCCAAAUUUGACAGUGGAUCUAUGGUCAGUCAGGACCCAGCAAUAUCAUAUGUGUGGUCAGAGAAGAGUUUGAAUGAUGAUCAGCGUAGAUCAAUCCUCAAGAUUCUUACAGCAAAGGAUUACGCACUCAUACUAGGAAUGCCUGGAACAGGGAAGACAUCAACCAUGGUUCAUGCUGUCAAAGCAUUAUUAAUCAGAGGCACAUCUAUUUUGCUGACAGCCUAUACAAACUCAGCUGUAGAUAAUUUACUUAUCAAAUUAAAAGCUCAGGGAAUUGAUUUUGUACGUAUUGGAAGACAUGAAGCUGUGCAUGAGGAGGUUAGAGAACACUGCCUUUCAGCAACGAAUGUACAAAAUGUUGAUGAGAUCAAAGUAAGGUUAGAACAAGUUAAAGUAGUUGCAGUUACAUGUCUGGGCAUCACCAGUCCCUUGCUUGCCAACAGGACUUUUGAUGUAUGCAUUAUGGACGAAGCUGGGCAGACAACUCUACCAGUGUCCUUGGGUCCGCUCAUGUUUUCCUCAAUGUUUGUACUUGUGGGUGAUCACUAUCAACUUCCUCCGCUUGUACAGAGUGCAGAAGCUCGAGAGAAUGGAAUGGGUGUAAGUUUAUUUUGUAGGCUCUCAGAAGCACAUCCACAAGCAAUUUCAGCACUACAGAGUCAGUACCGUAUGUGUCAGGGCAUCAUGGACCUGUCAAAUGCCUUGAUAUAUGGUGAUAGGUUAAGCUGCGGUUCCACUGAGAUUGCUAAUGCAAAACUUGAGUUCUCUACCUUAAAAUGGGGCUUACCUUGGCUAAAAAAUGUUUUGAAUCCAGACAGGCCAGUGAUAUUUAUUGAUACUGAUAAAUUGCCCGCUUUAGAGGCGAGAGAACAGAAGACCAUAAAUAACCCUGUUGAAGCUCACAUAAUUGUUGAGAUAGCAAAGGCAUUGAUAAAAAAUGGAAUUGGAGAAGAACAAGUUGGCAUUAUUACCCCCUACAAUUCCCAGGCAAACCUCAUCCGCCAGGCUGCUUGCGUGACCUCGUUGGAGAUUCAUACAAUUGACAAAUACCAGGGUAGAGAUAAAGAUUGUAUAUUAGUAUCUUUUGUGAGGUCCAGUGAAAACCCAUCAAGCUGUGCGUCUUCUCUGCUUGGAGACUGGCAUAGGAUAAAUGUAGCUCUCACACGUGGCAAGAAAAAGCUGAUCAUGGCGGGUUCCUGUAGAACUCUAUCAAAGGUUCCACUACUGAAGCUUCUCAUCAAAAAGGUUGAGCAGCAAUCGGGUAUUAUUAGUCUGUCUAAGAAGGAUAUCUAUCAGAAAGGAGAGCUCAAAAGGUGUUCUCACAUGAGAUGAUUCACAAUUCAUUCCCUUGAAUUAUUUUCGAUCUUUUUUUUUUUUGAAAGAUUGAGGUCCCUAAUGUACAUAGGAUCAGUACUCCUUGUAUUCGAAAUGUAAAUACACAUUUAAUGAAUUCUUUCAUACUGAUUAUUCAAA